CCGUCUGCCGUCCGCAAACAGUCCGGCACCUAUACAUCUGGUCCUCAGCAGCAGCACAACACAUCGAGUUGUCAUUGCAAUCACGUAAAUAAUGGCCAAUCUCAGGCAAACGCCGUUAACUUGCAGCGGGCACACGCGUCCAGUCGUGCAUUUACACUUUUCAGAUAUCACCGAGACUGGCUAUUACGUUAUAUCCGCUUGCAAAGAUGGAAAACCAAUGCUACGUCAAGGUGAUACAGGAGAUUGGAUUGGAACAUUCGAAGGGCAUAAAGGAGCAGUAUGGGGUGUUGCGUUGAAUCCAGAAGCAACAAGAGCAGCCACAGGCGCUGCUGAUUUUAAUGCAAAAGUUUGGGAUGCCUUGUCAGGAGAAGAAAUACAUUCCUUUCAACAUAAGCAUAUAGUGAAAGCUGUUGACUUUAGCAGAGAUUCUGUUUACUUGUCUACAGGCUCUAAUGAGAAACUUGUCAGAAUCUUUGACCUAAAUAAGCCCGAAGCAGAAGCACAGACGUUUUCUGGCCACACUAGUGGUGUUCGUCACAUAAAAUUUUUUGACAACGAUUCGCUGCUUUUGACUUGCGCAGAUGAUAAAACUUUGAGAGUUUGGGAUAGGCAUAAUGCUGAAGAGAUAAGAAAAAUUGAAUUUCCUUCCAUACCAAGGUCCAUGGAAUUGUCACAAGAUGGAAAAAUUAUUACAACUACUCAUUCAAACAUUGUUACCUUUUGGGAUAGUAAAGAGUUAACUAAAUUGAAAGAAUUUACAGUACCUACGCAAGUUAACAGUGCUAGUCUUCAUCCAGCACAUGACAUUUUUGUUUGUGGAGGAGAAGAUUUGAAAGUAUAUAAAUUUGAUUACAGCAGCGGAAAUGAAAUAGAAUCUUUCAAAGGACACUUUGGACCAAUUCAUUGUAUACGUUUCUCUCCUGAUGGUGAGCUUUACGCAAGUGGCUCAGAAGAUGGUACUCUGAGACUGUGGCAAACAACUGUUGGUAAAACUUAUGGACUCUGGAGAUGCAUUGAACAAGCAUCCACGACACAGGAAAAUUCUAGUUUAACAAAUAACAAACAAGAAGUCACGGCCAACUAAAACAAAUAAUUGUCAUUUUGUUAAAAUUCUGGAACCUUUAACACAUUUAAGGUUAUUUCUUCGACUUCCAAUGAAUCAUGAAAUUGUCAUUGAUAAUAGACUGAAAUUGAAAAUUUUCGAAAUCAUUGAAGUUUUCGAGUUGUGAUCGAUGUCUUCACUUGAAAAAUGGUGUAUAUAAUUAAUUGAUGAAACAUAUCUUUCGUUUUUCUUAGACUAUUCAGGGACAGUAAUUGUGAAUAUUAUCUAAUGAUUACUUUAAUACAAUAAAAGACAAGGUGUAAAAAAUAAAAAUUAUAAUUUAUUAACGUUAGACAAGUUAUAAUGUUAUUCCAUACAAAAAAUGUAAUAAGACUAAAUUAAAAACGGAAAAACUGAAAUAAAAGAAAGUUUACAAUAA